GUAGUACCUAUUGUAAUUUAUAGUAGUAGGGCAAUAGUAAUAAGUACCUACCUACCUAGUAACUAAUGACUGUUGUAACUUAACUUAUUUUGUAUUGAUACCAACGAAUGUCUGAUACAGUCCUUCAAAAUCGUCAUCAAUAACUUGUAUUUUUAUUACUUGUCCAUAGUUAUCUAUGAAUUAACAGUUGUACGUCUGUUGGUUAGGUUUAUAUAGGUACGACUGUAGUAGUGUAGAUCGUCCGUAGAACAAAGCGCGUGACGUUUGUUUAUAGGUAAUAUUGUUGUUACCGUAUCGACACAAAACAUAAUAUUUCAUAGUACUACGGUUUUUAAAUACCAAGAGUGCAGUACUUAUUUUACAUCUAUUGUAUCGUUUGAAGAACAACAUACCUAUCGUCGGACAAGGUAAAAACAUUAAAAAAAACUGUUCCGGUUUUCAAUCGACCCAUCAUUCAUCAAUAUGGAAAAUGACGGUGAGUGUGCAGCUGUGGUGUCCUUAGAGGGCAGCAUCCAGGAGCCAGAGAAAGACAAUGGUGAAGUGGAAGUCUUAGAGCCUGAAGACAAGACCAAAUUCAGACUGACUUUGGAGCCUAUAAUGAUGCUAUUGCUACUGGGAGUAAAUGUCAGCAUGAUGGUGCAGACUAACCUAAUUGAAGAACGUGUAUGCCUCCAUAGUGAUCUUGGGAAAAAUAAAUCUGUGAAUUGUUAUAAUAUGACUGCUGCAGAACAAGAAAUAGUUCAACCAGCUGUGGCAGAUUUGCAGAUGAUCAAAAAUCUUAUCGAAACAUUGGUGCCUUGUGUAACUGCAUUGUUUUUGGGUCCAUGGAGUGAUAUAAAUGGUCGUUUGCCUUUGUUUUUAGCAGCGAUCUCAGGUAUAGUAGUUUCUAACUGUAUGUACUGUGUAUUUUCUACAAUACCUAGUCUACCUCCAGUUAUGUUUUUGCUGUGCAGCAUACCUGUUGCUAUAAGUGGUGGUGGUGGUGCAUUGUUUAUAGCUUCAUUUUGUUAUAUUGUUGACAUUACUGAUUUCAAAACGAGAGCUUUCAGAUUAGGUGUAUUACAAACAUUUAUAUCUUUGGGCUCAAUUAUUGGAUCAAUACUAAGUCCUAUGUUAAACAGCAAAUCGUCUACCUAUGCUUUUGCCUUAAGUGCAAUGUCCACAAUUGCUGGACUUCUUUACACAUCUCUAUUUCUCAAAGAAACUGUUAUCAUAAAAAAAGGUAUAAAUACAAAACUUUUCAAUCUCAGUCUAGUAAAAAAUAUGUGGGAAACUGUUGUGAAAAAAAGAUUUGGAUAUUUGAGAUGCAUAAUUAUUCUUUCUGCUGUGGUAUUAACUUUUAAUAUAGCUAUUGUAUUAGGUGAAGAUUCAUUGAUGUAUUUGUAUCUACAAAAACAAUUUUCAUGGACUUUAGAAAAUUAUACUUUAUUUAAUGCUUAUGCAACAUUAUUAAGUGCUAGUAUUCCUGCAAUUGGAUUGUAUGUAUUGAGCACUAAACUUGAAAUACCAGAUAUGUAUCUUGCUACAGCUGCUACAGGACUACGAAUCAUAGAAAAAGUUUGUUUAGCUUAUUCACAAUAUACAUGGCAAUUUUAUUUAGCAAAGAUUUUUGGUUGUGUGGUAUUGACCAGUGAACCAUUAGUUCGGUCUCAAUUAUCCAAGAGUUUUCCAUCAGAAGAUUUAGGUAAAAUAUAUGCGUUCAUAAGUGUGAUCGAAGGUUUUGGUACAUUAGUUGGUUCUCCGAUAUAUACUACGGCGUAUAAUAUGACAAUCCAUAAUUUUGCCAAUUUUAUAUUUCUCCUAUCAUCAGUAUUUGGCACAUUUGUUUUAGGCUUAUACAUAAUUAUAUUAUUCUUACUUUCGAAAAGUUUCAAAACAGAAGAUUUAUUAAUUGUAAACUAA